AAUUUGUUCAUUAUUUCUUCUAGCUGUUGCGAAGGUUGGGGAACGUCAUUUCUCGGCUUUGUUUCUGCAGCCUCUGCAAUGGGGAGGGACUUUUAGCGGUUUUUAUCUUCCGUUAUUUCGCUUAACGAUCGAAAAGUGUUUGGAAAGGAGAAAGAAAGUGAAGAUUGAAGCCCUAAUUUCCUCUUAUUCCUCGUUACCCUGUGAAUGAUUUACCAUCUUUCUCUGGAUUCAGGUAGCAGUUUAACAUCGCUCCCGAUGUGUUUUUUUUUUCAAGAUAUUUUGCCCUAACGUGAAAUUCAACGAAUUGGAGAUGAGAGACUGCAAUUAUUCAAUUUAAUGCUUCUUUGGGAGUUGUUCAUGUCAGAAUUUUAGCAUUUACGAUGAUAUUCUCCUUGGUUGGAAUUUUGAGGUUCGGUUUCUGAUUUUCCCCUGUUUAUGAUGACUGCAAACUGUUGAUCAUAUCUUCUGCUUUUAAAUUCUGAGUUUGAUCUUCGAGGAUAUUGUUCUGGCUAUAUUUGUGAGAGGUAGCUUACGUGGUAUUGAAUCUUCGUACUUGGUAUACCAUCGCUCUGACAUUAGGUAUCUUUGUUGGAGAAUGAUCAAUGAUACAACUCCGCACCAGUCUAUAGAGUUAAAGGUCAAUACGUUAUCUUAAGUAUAUCAGUGGUGGUUGGUAUCUGUGGAACUUGCAUCAAUGGACAUUGAAAACGGUAUAAGGAAACGGAGAGUUCUUCUGCUGGAAAUGUGGGAUUAGCUUUUGCGGUAUCUGAAUUGAAUGUGCUUACUGGGCGUUUUUUUAAAUUGGAGUCCUGUGGUAAAUUGCUGAUGAUCCAAAGUUGGAAUCUUUUAUUGGGUGGGAAUUUCCAAUUAUUGCUUCAUUCGUGGAGAUAGUUGGACUUGGGAUUUGGAUUUAAGACUCUGCUUAAUGGAUGUUGGCCUGUAUUACUGAAACUUUUGGGGGAUGAUUGGUGCUCCUCAUUGUUGAGAAUACACAAAUUUUUCGUCGUGUAGAUAGCAGUAUUCCAAGUAUCCAACAAUGAGCUCAGUGAAUAUUUAUCAGGGCUCACCAGCACAGCCGGUUGAAGUUGUACUGAAAUCUCAAAAGCAGUCCAAGAUUUCUUACACAAGAGAUUUUCUUUUUUCUUUGAGUGAGUUGGAUGUUUGCAAAAAGCUGCCAACUGGAUUUGAUCCAUCAAUACUAAGUGAAUUUGAGGAGACAUCUCAUAGCAUACCAGAGUGGCAGAGAAAUCCUGGAAGUUUAUCUUUGCAGAGUUUCAGACGUGGCGAGUAUGGAUCUUCGCCACCUUCCCGAGGUGAUUCCGGUAAUUAUUCUCGAGGUAGCCAUGGAAGGUGGGACAGUCAUUCGUCUGGUUCAAUUGAUAAAGAUUCUGACUCGUAUUCAGAUUGUUCAGAUUCUGGAAAACGUUAUGGUAACCAAGCUCGACGUUCUUGGCAAAAUUCAGAGCAUGAUGGUCUUCUGGGAAGUGGUGCCUUUCUAAGACCACCUGGAUAUGCAGCAGGGGCUUCAGCUCCAAAGGUUCGAGGGAAUGGUCAUUAUCAACUCACUAGGAGUAACGAACCAUAUCAGCCCCCACGCCCUUAUAAGGCAGUACCUCACUCAAGAAGGGAUGCCACUGACUUGUAUAACGAAGAAACUUUUGGUUCAACCGAAUGCUCUAGUCAGGAUAGGGCAGAAGAGGAAAGAAAAAGAAGAGCUUCUUUUGAGUUGAUGAGGAAGGAACAACAAAAAACAUUUCAAGAGAAGCAGAAACAGGUUUCAGGCAAGCAGAAAGAAAUUUUUGACACAGAUGUCACUGCAUUGUUGGAGGGUUCUGAAGAUGAAAAGAAGCUUCCUAAUAAGGAUAAUGUAUCCCAGACCUCUGUUCUACCAUUGGUUUCAGAAAAUGAUUCUGCCAGGCUUUCUUUUCCCACACAAACUCCUGCAUCCAGACCACUUGUACCCCCAGGUUUCAUGAGCUCUAUUCUGGAGAAGAAUCUUGGAUCAAAAACACCGAUUCCUCCCCCUGCAGCAGAGGUUGUAAAUGUUGGAUUUGGGGAUAGCAUUAAGCAUGCCGAGGAUAAUCUAGUGGCAAAUGGGACUUAUAAUAAUCAUGACGAGAAACAAUCAUGGUGCAUGGACUCCACUGAGCAGCAUUAUGAGGCUAAGAGUGCUCCUGCUCCCUUAUUGGAUGACAGUGAAAGGAUUGUGUCUGCUUCUUCAUCUGCCGAAGUUUCUGGUAACUCAGCUGCUGUUGAUUCAUUGUGUGAAAGUUCUAAUCUGUCAGAAGCUUGUGAAGGACAGAGUUAUGGUGAAGUUACAACAAUAGAUAAUGACAAAGUGACGGGGCAUAAGAUAUUAAAUACGACUGGUCAGGAUCAUUCAACUUCAAUCCUAGAGAAGCUGUUUGGCAGUGCUUUAACAGCCAAUACUGUUGGUUCAUCUAGCUUUAUUGAGCAUCAUGAUCAUGAUAUUAAAGCAGAUGAUUCGUGGAGCUCUAAACCCUUCCAAUCAUCAAAAUUUGCACAGUGGUUCCUUGAUGAAGAAAAGAAGCCAGUAAAUGAUCUCUCUUGUAGCAAACCUAGGGAUUUACUUUCACUGAUUGUAACUAGUGAUAGAGGCGGAUCUCAGGUGUCUGGAGUCUCUGAUGAGAAAGCCAUGGAGCACGUCCCACCAAUAUUUCCUCUCGAAGGCAAUGAACUUGCAAACAUGUUUAUCGCUUCAACUGCUACUUCUGCGUCUGUUGGAAUCUCUGAACCAGUGUACCCUCAUAACAAGUCAGGCACCACUCAGGGAGUGCUUACAUGUGAAUACCUUGAACAGUCUAUCCUACAAGAACUAAACGAAAAGAGUUCAAUUCUGCCGCACUCUGUGCAACCCUGGAGUGUAACAGAUUCAAAAGCUGAUGUUGACAAUGGUGCAUCUCAGCACCUCCUUUCUCUGUUGCAGAAAGGAACUAGCAUGAAAGAUCCAGCACUGUUGUCCAAUCUAGAUGUGUCCCCGGACAAACCUCAUGUCUUUGGGGUGGGAAGUUUUGGCCCUGUGGUUCACGGAUCAAGUGAGGAGAACACGGAAAACAUUCAGAACUCUGAAAAGACUCUUACUCUUGAAACAUUAUUUGGGACAGCCUUCAUGGAGGAACUGCAGUCAGUAGGAGCACCAGUAUCAAUACAAAGAGGCUCAACUGGUGGGGGCAGAAGAACUGAUGUUUCAGAGCCUAAUGGGUUGCCAUUUCCAGUUUCUGAUGAUGGUUUGAUUUCUUCCACAGUUGGUGAGUUUGGAUUGAGCAACAGUAGUACUGAGGGCAAUUAUUUGGCAUCAAAAGUAAAAUCUGAGAAGAUUGAGGGGCAUUGGUUGGGCUUUGGUGAUCCUCAAAUUGAUUUAGGGUCAAAGUUUGGUGCUGCUGGUGGCUUUCAAGAUAGAGCUGAUGGGACAAUGGAAAUUAAACUGCCUGAAGAGGAUAGCUUGAUCGCAGUAGCUGAUUCGGUGAACACUCAAAACGCCACAUUUAUGCCUGCUUUCAAUGCAACUAAAGACAAUUUGUUAUCUCCCUCAAACACACCAGUUGAUAUUGCUGAAAAAUUGGCAGCUCUGAAUGCUACCCUUAAAGAUGAAAGGUCUAAAGUGCCAGGUUUGGAAGGUCCUCCAUUUCGUCGUGGUCCUUAUGAUCUGGUGGAUCCUGAGAUGCUGUAUCAUAAUCUGCCUGGCCAGCCAUCGUCUCCUCAUGUUCAUCAUUCUACACUGAAUCACGGAAGACCUUUUUUGCAUUCAUUAGAAGCUCAUCAUGCUCAUAUGAAUUCUCCAAUAAAAUACGUGGGUCCAGAGAAUAUUAUCCACCAUGAUCCACCUCCACACCAUCAUUUUUCUGCAAAUAUGUUCCGCCACCCUCCUUUCCAACAUGUAUCUGCUGCGCCUCCAAGGUUUGAUCAGCCUCAUCAUUCAAUGUUACCACAGAUGCACAUGCCAAACAGUUUUCCACCUCACCUUAUUCAGGGACUGCCUCGAGGUUCACCACUGCCUCCUCAUGCCUUUAAUCAAAUGGCUGGUUACAUGCCCGAGAUGAAUCCGAUGCAAGGUUUUCCUGUAAAUCAUCGACAACCGAACUAUAAUGGCCUUGGGUUUCCAAUGCCAGCUCCUGGUGUUUGUGUUGUAGAGACCAAUCAUCCUGAAGCAUUGGAACGGCUGUUUGAGAUGGAACUAAGAGCGAACUCAAAGCAGAUGCGCCCUGUUGCUUCCCCAGGCCAUAGCAUGGGGAUGUAUGGUCAUGAACUCGAUAUGGGCUUCAGAUACAGAUAGUAGAUCAAACAUUGUUGGUGGGAUUGGUCAUAGUGGUUCAUCUCGAAUUUGGAUGGCAAACCCUUGCAGUGGAGGUGGGUUUUGAGUUUUUGUAUGUAUUAUAUUGGAUUCCAUUUGUAAUUGGCAUAUGGUUGAGAUUUUGGGUUUACUAUUCCUUUAUUUCAUAAUUCAAAAAAUGAAAAAGAGGAAAGAAAAAGAAGAAAAAAAAAAAAAAAA